ACAGGUUGCUUUUUAGACGCAUGAGAACCCCGUGAAAGUGUGUGCGAACCGUCCAUCCAUCUAUCCAUCCAUCUCAGAGCGCACGAGACCCUGGUUCCUAUAGCACGAGGUGGCUGCAGUAAAAAGUUUUCUGAACUGUUGCAUGAAGACGAGCAGAGCUGCGUUCAUGUGCGAGCCGUGCAGCCUGGACUCUGAGUGCGUUUCUCCACCAUGCUACAUGAGCUGGGCGAUGGAGCCUGCGAACUUCUACGACAGUAAGCUGACAGGGGACGGAAAAUGUCCCGAGGACAACAUCAGCAUGAUCACCACCACCACCACCACCACUAACAGCAGCAGCAACAGCGUGGUGGAGCUGAGCAACGCGCCUGCCAUGUACGACGACGAGAGCGCGAUCGACUUCAGCGCGUACGUCGACUCCAUGACGUCUGCGCCCAACUUCGAGCUGUGCAACGACGAGCUCUUCGCCGACCUCUUCAACAGCGCCGUGAAGCAGGAGAAGUCGGAGUUCUACCACCACCUGUCCGCGUUCAGCGCCUCCAAGGACUACCCGAUCAAGCAGGAAGCCGACUGGAGCGACAGCGACGCGCCGUCGUCCCUGCCGUCACAGAUCGAGACGUGCGCGCAGACGUCGGUGAGCAUCCACACGGGACAGCCGACGCCCCCGAGCACGCCCGAGCCCUCGUCCUCGCCCUCGUCCUCCGGCUCUCCACGCAGGACGCUCAAGGAUAAGAGCAAGAAAUCGGUGGACAGGUUGAGUCCGGAAUACCGGCAGCGCCGCGAGAGGAAUAACAUCGCCGUGCGCAAAAGCAGGGACAAGGCCAAGAGACGCAAUCUGGAAACGCAGCAGAAGCUGAUCGAACUGAGCGCAGAGAACGAGCGCCUGCACAAAACCAUAGAGCAGCUCACGCGCGAGCUCACGAGCCUCCGACACGUCUUCAAACACCGCGAGACCGCCGACAACCGGUGAUCCAUCAUCACCAUCAUCAUCACGCGCAUUUCUUCUUUUUUUUUUUUUUUUUUUUUUUACUUGUUUUUGGAAAA